AGUCUGCCGCCGACACUCGGAGCGUGUGCGUCGCGUAACGCAACAUAACAUAACAUAGGCUAACGGUGUGUGCCGUGUGGAUAGGUCUGUGAUCUGUGUCUGUGUUGUGAUUGCAGUGAGAAAAAUCGAAUCACCCGUUUACAUGAAUAGAAAAUAGUUUUACAUAAUCCACAAGUCAAAUAAGUGCAAGUGAAAUUGCAAUUACAAGUGAAUUGCAAGUGAAGUGCAAUUGCAAGUGAAGUGCAAGUGCAAUUGCAAGUGUGAGUGUGCAAGUGCAAGUGAAUUGGGGCAAAUGACGUGACAAUGCAGAGGCAGCUAAGCAACGUCAGCAUACACUCCUACCAGGAUUACCAACCCUCGAGGAGAUACGAUGAUAUAAAUGAAGUGGAUGAGGAAGAAGGGUCCCAAUAUGAGCCCGGCGGGUACGCGACCGCGGUGCAACAACGAUCGAACAUGACGCAGCGGGAGGACGUGCUGAAGUUCGAGCAGGGCCGCAUCAGGGCGCUGCAGGAGGAGCGGCUGCACAUACAGAAGAAGACCUUCACGAAAUGGAUCAACUCGUUCCUGCAGAAGGCGCGCAUGGAGGUGGAGGACCUGUUCGUCGAUCUGGCGGACGGGCGGCGGCUGCUCAAGCUGCUCGAGAUCAUCAGCGGCGAGCGGCUGCCGAGGCCGAACUCCGGCAGGAUGCGCGUGCACAAGAUUGAGAAUGUCAACAAGUCGCUGAGCUUCCUGCACACUAAGGUCCGCCUGGAGUCCAUAGGCGCCGAGGAUAUAGUGGACGGCAACCCUCGCCUCAUCCUCGGUCUGAUCUGGACGAUCAUCCUGCGAUUCCAGAUCCAGGAAAUCGAAAUUGACGUGGACGAAGAAAACGAAUCGUCCGAGAAGAAAUCGGCCAAGGACGCUCUGCUGCUGUGGUGCCAGCGCAAGACGAGCGGCUACCAUGGCGUCCACAUACACAACUUCACCGACUCGUGGCGCUCCGGUCUCGGGUUCAACGCGCUCAUACACGCGCACAGACCGGACCUAUUCCGCUGGACGGAGGUACCAACCAGCGACCACGUGGAGACGCUCAACCACGCCUUCGAUGUCGCCCACAAGCACUUGGGCAUACCCAAGCUGCUUGAUGCUGAAGAUGUGGACACCACGCGACCGGACGAGAAGUCGGUGAUGACGUACGUCGCUAUGUUCCAGAUCAUCGGCCAACUGAUGGACUGCGACGCUCGCAAGGCCGAGUACAGCCGGCUCGUGUGCGCGCUGCUCGAGUGGAUACGCCAGAAGAUAACCGAGCUGAACUGCCGCGAGUUCCCCAACUCGCUGGACGGCAUCCAGCGGCUGCUGCUGGCCUUCAAGCAGUACCGGACCGUGGAGAAGCCGCCCAAAUACAAAGAGCGCUCCGAGAUAGAAGCGCUAUACUUCGACAUAAACACCAUGCUGAAGAGUUUAGUCGGCGAAGCUUGGGCGCCGCUGGAUGGACAAUUACCGCAAGAUCUGGAGAGGGCCUGGCAGCAAUUGGAACAGGCGGAGCAUGCGCGCGAACUUGCUCUUAGGACAGAGCUGCUUCGUCAACAGAGAUUGGAACAGCUCAACUACAAAUUCAAUACAAAGUCCGUACUCCGCAAGGGCUACCUCAAGGAGAUGAUCCAAGUGCUAUCGGACCCGCGGUACGGUUCGAACCUGUCGCAAGUGGACGCCACUGUCAAGAAACAUGAGGCCAUCUCCGCUGAUAUAUUGGCCAGAACGGAACGUUUCGAGGACCUCUCGGCGAUGGCGGCAGAGCUGGUGAAGGAGAAGUACCACGGCGCGGAGGCCGUGUCGCGCACGGAGCAGGCCGUGCUCGCGCGCUGGCGGGAGCUGCUCGAGCUGCUGGAGCGCCACCGCGGCUCGCUCGCCAAGCUGGCGCACCUCAUGGCGCUGCUGCGCGAGGCUGACGCCGUCGGACACACGCUGGCCGAGAUGAAGGCCCAAUUCGAGUCGGAGGAGGUCGGGCGGCACCUGGUGGACGUGGAGCGGCUGCUGCAGGCGCACGCGCUGCAGGAGCUGCAGCUGGGCGCGCUGGACGAGAGCAUCCAGCGGCUCGUGCGCCACGGCGCCGCGCUCGAGGGCCUGCCGCACUCGGCGCAGCUGCGUCACCAGCUGGACACGCUCACCGCGCACUAUCAGAGUUUGGUCGCGGCGGCGAAGGACCGCAAGGCGAGAUUGGAAGACGCAAGGAACCUCUACCAGUUCCUUGAAGACCAUGAAGAAGAGGAAGGUUGGGUCACCGAAAAACAGCGCAUCUGUCGCGCCGAGGUGGCGGCGAAGGACGUGCGCGGCGUGCUCGCCCUGCGCCAGAAGCACACCGCUCUGCUGCACGAACUGCGCGCCAGGGACUCCGUCGCUCAGCGCCACAGGGCCAAAGGGCAGAGUCUGAUCGACGCAAAACACCCGAAGAGCGCGGAAAUCGAGCGCCGCCUGACCGCGCUGAGCGAGCAGUGGGAGAUUCUACGGCAGCUCGCCAACGACCGGGAUAAGAAGUUGGCGGACGCGGCAGAAGCGCAUCAGUUCUACGGCGACGCGAACGAAGCGGAGUCGUUCAUGAAGGAGAAGCGCGCGCUGGUCGCGAGCGAGGAC